AACAUGGUUUGGUUUGUUUACACAAUGGGCUUGAAGGAACGUCUCGCAAGGAAGAUCCUGGACGAGUAACCCUAGAUAAUUGGCACCCUUAUUUGCUAUAUGCAUAUAACAUAAACCACUCCAAGUUAGCCACCAGGUUAGCCUUACUUAGUUAACCAUCUAAAACUGAAUUGGUUGCUCUUGGUGGGAAGGGACGCACCAACCACCAUAGUAUGGUUGGGACUCCCGGCUCAACGUGGUAAUAGUGCUCCUGCUUCAACAUAAUAAUAAUAAUACUUGUGGUUUAACGUCGACGAUCAGCCUCGGGUCACAUUAGACAUGUCAGAUAAUGAAGUUGAAAAGUUUGAGAUCUCUGACUAUGACCUGGAAAAUGAGUUCAGCACCCAGCGCCCAGGUCGAAGGCAGACCAAGGAACAGCAGAUUUAUGGUGUCUGGGCACAAGAAAGUGGGGAUGAAGAGGAAGGAGAGCCUGAACCCAUGGUUAUUCCACUCCCCCGGGUUCGUGUCCUACGAGGGGGGCUCAACUUUGUUUCAGGGGGUAUCCAGCAGUCGAGUAAGAAGGGCGACAAGGACAAAAAAGAGGGCUCCGAUGAGGAAUCAGAGUCAGAACUUGCUCCGAGACCCAUGUUUGGCGCUGGUGCUGAUUCCAGUGAUGAGGAAACUACUGUAAAAAUACAAAAGCCAGCAGCAUUUGUAAGCAAGAAAUCAUCAGAUUACUCUUCACAUGCUUCGUCUUCCAAACCAAGAGAUAUUGCGGGACUGCGCCGGGGUGGAGCACCUGGAGGGGGUAAAACCGGCCUGCUGGGAAGUGGCAUGGCCGACUGGGAAAAGUAUACUUCCGGUAUUGGCAGUAAGCUCUUGAAGAAGAUGGGCUUUGAAGAAGGUAAAGGUCUUGGUAAGAACUUGCAAGGUAUAUCAACACCUGUAGAGGCAAGCAAGCGGAAGGGAAAGGGGGCCAUUGGUUUUUAUGGAUCUGAAAGAACUGACAGGUCAUUGAAAGACUUUCCAGUGCAUGAUUCAGAUGAAGAAGAUAAAGAAAAGUUCAAGGAGCUCCUUCAGCAAUGGAAGAAAACUGGAAGCAAGAAGAAAAUAAAAUACAUAUAUAAGAGUGCUGAGGAAGUUAUUCAGGAAGGUAAGACUAAGAAACUAAAGCCAACAGAUGACAGCCAUAUAACUAAAACUAAGGUUAUUGACAUGACAGGACCAGAAACAAGAGUCUUGAGUAGUUAUCAUGCUAUAGCUGGCCAGAAAAAUUUUGUUGAUGAAUAUGAAGAAGAUAAGAAGAAGAAAUAUGAGCAUUUUGAUUUACCCGAACUUUUACAUAACCUACAGAUACUCUUGGAAAAUUGUGAAGAUGAUAUUGUCCGCAAUGCUCGCACUUUAGAACGCGAAAAUGACAGAAUUGUUCAUCUUAAUCAUGAAAGGGAAAAAUAUGAGCUUUUAGUAGAGAGAGAGAAAAAAGAACUUGACAGCCUUGACCAAUCUCUGGUCCUUGUGGAAAGUUUAGAAACAAGACAUAAAGAGCAGACACUAAGUCUCAGUGAAGCUACAGCUAUAUUUACUGAGUUAAAAUCAGAUUAUCUGAAAAUAUACAAUACUUAUGAGAUCCCUUACCUGGCACCAACUUAUGUGACUCCUCUUUUGAAAGAGUUACUUAGUACAUGGAAUCCACUUGCACAUCCAACAGCUCACAAAGAAAUAUUUGCUACAUGGCAGCAGUUGGUAGAUUUAGGUGGAAAUCAGCAUCAGCAACCAGAUACUAAUGUACCUUUAGAUCCAUACCACCACCUGGUAUGGGAGACCUGGACUGCUGCUGUACGAUCCACAGUUAUGGGUCCUUGGGAACCACGAGACUGUGGUCCAUUACUUGCUGUACUGGAAGCAUGGAACUAUCCACUGGUUCCAGUAUGGAUCCAAGGACACCUACUUCAACAUGUAAUUUUACCUCGUAUUACACGUGCUGUUCAUAACUGGAAUCCACUUCAAGAUACUGUGCCAAUUCAUACUUGGCUUCAUCCCUGGCUUCCUUUAUUAGUAGACCAUCUUCAAUCUGUAUAUCCUGUAAUCCGUCAGAAACUUUCAGCUGCUCUUGUUCACUGGCACCCAAACGAUCGCUCUGCCAAGAUGGUUUUGCAGCCAUGGAAAAGAGUGUUUAGUGAAAUAGCAAUGACCACUCUAAUUCAGUCCAACAUUCAGCCAAAAUUGGAGUCUGCACUAGUUGAAAUGGCUAUUAACCCACACAAUCAGAAUCUGGAUCCCUGGCAUUGGUUCCUAGAUUGGGAUGAUCUGUUGCCAACACAGGUUUCAUUAGAUAUAUUGGAGCGAUGUUUCUUUCCCCGUUGGUACCAGGCAUUGGCUACAUGGCUUUCUGCAAACCCUCCUCAUCCUGAUGUUAUUGCAUGGUACAAAGGGUGGCGAGAUCUUAUGCCAAAGAGUGUUGCAAAUCAUCUUCAGAUACGACAAAAGUUUCAACAGGCCCUGGAGGUGUGCAGCCGUGCUCUCAGCUACCAACCGGGUGCUUCCGAUCAAUUUAGUCUUUUGUUGGCUGGUUUAGACAAACUGAGUGAACCACCACCACCACCACCACUAGGUUCUCCCCCUAGGCAACGUUCCAAAGAUUGGGCAGAUAUCAUUAGCAGUGCACGGAGAGAAACCCUUAGCAUGCGAGAGGUUGUCGAGCGUAGAUGCUUGGAACGUGGCAUUGUCUUUGUUCCAAUACCUGACCGCAAGCAUGAAGCAAGACCAGUGUAUAGAUGCGGUAAACUUAAUAUUUCCUUCAAUAAAAACAUCAUAUAUGUACAAACAGAAAGAGGAUGGAUGCCCAAAAGUUUGACGACAUUAUUAGAUGAUGCGUAGGUGAUGUCUAAAACUGUGUAGGAUGGUUCUAACUUUAGACAGGGUACAGGUGUUUAUAAUCAGUGGUCACAGAUGAUACCUAAAAUAUGAUGGUGUGAUUUACAUUAACUGUGACCAAUUUAAAUACUUGUGUGUUGUCUUUAGUUUCACCUGCAUUAAUAAAAAAAACUAUUUUGACACCAAUAUAAUUUUGAUAACAGCAACUGCCAAAUGAUUAUUGCACCUCUUAGUACUGUAAUGGAUUAAAGCAGUAUAGGUUACCAAUACUGUAUGUUUUCAGUUUUCAUUUGAAAUAAAGUGCCGGGCUCGGGGGAGAAGAAGAACUGUAACCCUCUCUAGGUAAAGUACAAAGAUUUGGUCAAAUGAAUUUAAAGACAUAACUAGAUGCUAAAAUUGAGCAUAAACAAAUUUCAUGAAAGCGCCUUUCUUCAUAAUAAACUUGUUAAUUUAUUUAUUUAUAUAUACAAAUAGGUGCAUUGGGUUUGUGAGAGUACAUAACAUUGGUGUUCUUACAUUCUUGCAAAUUCACGAACACGCAUAGCGUUUCAGGCAGACUUUAGGAUUGUAUUGAAUACUGUAGUAUUCAGCAAGAAAUGCAACUUUCUUCAUACAGUACUGUACAUACAUUUUAUGUAGACUAUUUGUUUCAGGGUUGACAAAAUAAUAACUGCAAUUUUUCAUUUGCCUGAUUGCUGCAUCUUUGCCUUUUCUGAUGAAAUUUGAUAAAGAAUUGCAAUUUUUUUCUAAUUAAUCUGUGAAUAAGUAAACAAUUUUAAUGUCUGAAAUUAAUUAGAUUAACAUAGUAAGUGCCAAAUUAUUAAUAAAGGCAGGCUAACAAGAAGAAUGAAUAAAACAAUUGGAAAUUAAUUAAUUAAUAAUAAAAAAAGGAAAUAGCAAUGCCCUGUCAUAGUGCUGAUUUUUUUGUUUACCAAGAUUUCACUGGUAUAAGUGGGGGGGUUACCGAGAGGAUAUGGGAAAUGCUAGCAAUUUUUUGGUGGGAGUCAAUAAUUAUGUUUUGGAACUGUAGCCCCUUCUGCUAUUUUAGCAAUUUAGUGAAGUGAGGAUGCCUGCUGCCCCUGUGCAGGGUUUUAAUCCACGUGUGUGCAGUCUUUUUCUACACGUGAUCAGCCUUAGUGGACAGCAUAUAAUUAAUUCAUAUAAACCCUGUCUUAAAUUUUAUCCUUCAGGAAAUUCUGUACAAAGUAUUUUGCGGAGAAUAUUUACGUUAACUACAGUAUUAGUGCAACUUGCACUGAUUGUUAAUAAUGUACAAAUGAAAUAAAAAGUGGUGAUGCGU